AUUCGUUCAUCUAGGGUUUCAAGGCCUACAGUCAAAAGGAGAGCUUCCAUACGUCUCUGCGAGCGGGCGCAGCUAUCCUUAGGCCGUUCAUAGUUCUUGAAUCUCAACAAUGAUUAUUCCUGAGAAGAACCGCAGAGAAAUCUCGAAGUACCUCUUUCAAGAGGGAGUAUUGUAUGCAAAGAAGGAUUUCAACCUUCCAAAGCAUCCAGAGAUUGAUGUGCCCAACCUCCAGGUGAUUAAGUUGAUGCAGAGCUUCAAAUCCAAGGAGUAUGUUCGUGAGACGUUUGCAUGGAUGCAUUACUAUUGGUAUCUUACGAAUGAUGGGAUUGAGUUUUUGAGGACUUACCUCAAUCUUCCAUCAGAAAUCGUGCCGGCCACUUUGAAGAAGGCUGCAAAACCUGUUGGUCGCCCCAUGGGAGGACCUCCUGGUGAUAGGCCACGUGGCCCACCUCGCUUUGAGGGAGACCGUCCAAGGUUUGGUGACCGUGAUGGGUAUCGUGGAGGCCCUAGGGGAGGUGAUCUUGGUGGUGAAAAGGAAGGAGCGCCAGCUGACUACCAACCUGCAUUCAGGGGUUCUGGCGGAAGGCCUGGAUUCGGUCGUGGUGGUGGGGGUUAUGGUGCUGCUCCAUCUGGCUCAGGUUUUUAAAGGCUUUUUGUUGGCAAUGUUAUGAUUAUAGUUUCUGCCAUUUUUGGCGCUUUAGAAUACUAGCAAAAACUGUUUGAUUGUCUUGUUGGAGUUCCUUUUGCAUUAUACACUAUGUAGACUCCAUUUUAACGGGUUUACGUUUUUUGUUGAGGUUUUAUUUGUAUUGUUGAUCUGGUGUUAUCUACUCUGGAAGCAAGUUCUGGCAA